AUGGAGAGCGGCCCCGGCAGCCCGAGGCCCACACCGCCGGAUCCCCUGGAGGCCUUUCCCCAGAGGAGCCUGGAGGCAGGUGACAUCGCGGUGCUGGCUCUGUACUUCCUCUUCGUCCUGGCCGUGGGACUGUGGUCCACAGUGAAGACCAAAAGAGACACCGUGAAAGGCUACUUCCUCGCCGGAGGGGACAUGAUGUGGUGGCCGGUGGGUGCGUCCUUGUUUGCCAGCAACAUAGGAAGUGGACAUUGUGGGCUGGCGGGGUCGGGCGCUGCGGUGGGCAUUUCGGUAGCUGCUUAUGAGUUUAGUGGCAUCUUCUCCGUGCUGACGCUCGCCUGGAUCUUCCUCCCCAUCUACAUUGCAGGCCAGGUCACCACGAUGCCAGAAUACCUCCGGAAACGCUUCGGCGGCAACAGGAUCCCCACCCUCCUGGCUGUGCUCUACCUGUUUAUCUACAUCUUCACCAAGAUCUCGCUGGAGCCGGGAGAGCUUGUCCUGUGUGAGGGUGGCCUGGCCGCUGUGAUCUACACGGAUGCGCUGCAGACUGUGAUCAUGCUCAUAGGAGCAUUCACCCUGAUGGGCUACAGUUUUGCUGCGGUCGGAGGGCUGGACGGCCUGAUGGAGAAGUACUUCCUGGCCCUGGCCACCAACCGGACUGAGAACAGCAGCUGCGGGCUGCCCCGGGAGGAUGCCUUUCAUAUCUUCCGAGACCCGCUGACCUCCGACCUCCCGUGGCCCGGGAUCCUGAUUGGAAUGACCAUGCCGUCCCUCUGGUACUGGUGCACGGACCAGGCCCGUAUGAGCUGCACUCCAGUGUGACCCUCCAGGCCACCGCCGGCCACCUGCUUUGUUCAAGAAUUGGAGGCUUAUCCAAGGGGGCUCGGCCUCCUUCCGAGGGCCAGGGAGGGCGAGAGGGUGCAGGAACCCGAGUGAGCCCCACGCGCCAUGACGACGACAGUGA